AUGCUGAUACGCAUACGUGCCAAGGAUGGCCAGUUCAGGUGUGAAGUACAGCCGGAUGAUGAUGCGAGCAAGCUGUUAGAGCAGAUUCUGGCAUCAACCAAGGCUGAUGCUGAGACACUCACCCUGUCCGACGCGCCACAUUCGCCUGGGCGUUCGGCUAGCGAACUGCGAGAUCAAUCCAUCUCGUCCCUUGGGCUCAGGCACGGUGACAUGCUGUUUGCAUCGUAUCAAGAUAAGCAGGAAGAAGCGUCAACGAGCCAGUCGUCGGCACCUGUCAGUGAAGACGCGGUGGAUGUGUAUUGGUCGCAGCAGCGAGGCCUGAUCCCGCGACAGCACGAUCGACAGUUUUGCCGGCAUGGAGAAAAGGGCAUGUGUGACUAUUGCAUGCCGAUCGAGCCAUAUGAUAUGACGUACCAUGCGCAGCACGGUAUCAAGCAUCUUUCCUUUCAUGCUUACCUUCGACAGCAAAACAUCGGAGUGCCCUCGGCAUCGACGUCGUAUGUGCCACCACUCGAAGAACUAUCUUAUCGUGUCAAAGUACCCUGCCCGUCGGGUCAGCAUGAGUCGUGGCCGGCGAGCAUAUGCACCAAGUGCCAGCCCUCGGCCAUUACGCUGCAGCGACAAAAGUACCGCAUGGUCGAUCAUGUCGAGUUUGUGCACUCGGCGCUCAUCGACCGUAUGCUCGACGCAUGGCGCAAAACGGCGACACAGCGCUUCGGAUACCUGUUGGGACACUACGAGCCUUAUGACAAGGUGCCGAUGGGCAUCAAGGCUGUGGUCGAGGCGAUUCAUGAACCGCCGCAGGCCGGUGAAACAGACGGUAUUGUCCUAGGUAUGCCAUGGGACGAUGAGGCACGUAUCCAGGAGCUGGCAGAAUGGUGCGGUCUCUGCGUCGUUGGCAUGAUCUAUACCGACUUGGAGGUGGCAGAUCCGACGCACUCGGAUCCGACGCAGGCAGGUCUGGUGUCGUGCAAGCGCCACGCCGACAGCUUUUUUUUGAGCGGUCAAGAGGCGCUUUUUGCUGCGCAGCAGCAGUCUCAACACAAGAACGCAUGUCGUUGGAGUCAAAGCAGUCUGUUCAACAGCAAGUUUGUGACAUGCGUACUGAGCGGGAACCCGAUGGGUGAGAUUGAUGUGUCGGCUUACCAGGUAAGUGAGCAAGUGAUGGCGAUGGUCGACGCGGAUAUGAUUGAGGCGAGCGUACAUCCCACGACAAUCCGCUUGAAGCCGAGCGAUUCUACGCGGUACGUGCCCGAUGUGUUUUAUCGGUACACAAACAAGUACGGCAUCGACGUAAAGGAAAAUGCAUCGCCCACGUUUCCCGUCGAGUACCUGCUCGUGACAUGCACACAUGGCUUUCCCACAGAGCCAAAGCCGCGUUUUCUGUCAAGCGCAUUCGCCAUUGAGAAUCGCCCCGGACUCGAGGACCAAACGCUCGAUGGCCUGUUGGCCGAGGUUCGUAAUGUGACGCCCGAUACGCUCGUGUCGUGGCUCAGUGACUGGCACCUACUUGCCUUCCUCGGCCAAACGGGUUUUUUCUCGCCUGACGACAUGCGCGUCGCGUGUUGUGUGGCAGUGACGCACCGUGGCCAAGAAGCUUUGAUGUCGUCAUCGGGCUGGCAAACGCUCGUGACCAUUGCACAGGAAAGUGCGCCGCAGCCCUCGCCGCCGCCGCCGCCGCCGGCUGAGGCCGAGCCCGAGGCGCUUGCAGACGCGCCAUCCGAGGGCUCUGCUUGUCCGCACUGCACAUUCCUAAACGCACCGGGCAGCACGGACUGCGACGUGUGUGGCUUACCACUACACUAA